AUGGUACAGAGGUAUAGUUUUAGUGUGUGCUAUAACAAUAAUGGCUUAUUGAUUUGUUUUUCCAUGAUGUGUUUUUGGAAAUGCCUUAUUAUAAUUGUCUGCCACUCACUUCUUUUCUAGAUCUGAUUACAGUAAGAUGACAUCAUCAAGCAGUAAGUAUUAUACCAUUUGUAUCACUGAUGAUGGUUUCUUUUGCACAUGCAUGUUGUUGGUGUCUCUUCUGAUAUGGACAAUAUUCUGUUCAAACUGACUGUCUUAUUCUGUAAUGUCAGUGGAAGGGUUUUUCUUCAGUUUCAUUGUGAUUCUUAUGUCUUCUUGGUUCAUACCUCCCUAACCCUGAUCCUCUGUGGCUGUGUUGUCAGAUGAGCUUCUGGCCAGUCGGGUCCAGGAGCCCCUGAUGAUGAGCAUGCACCUGCUGGCCAACCCUGGGGACUCGCUCCUGCUGCAGCACACCCUGGACCGCCUCCUCCGCUGGGUGUGCCCCAGCCUGCGCCUCUUCCACGUCUCUGAGCGGGCCUGCCCCCUCCGCGACUACGCCCGCUCCCGCCUGUGCCCCGUGUCCGGGUACCCCUCCCUGGCUGUGACCGUCUUCCUCCAUGAGGCCUACGGCGAGGAGCGCAUCCUCCGGGUGCUGGACUUCCUGCAGCGCCCACCCUGGCAGUACCACCACACGGAGAGCUGCGGCGGGAGGACCGGGGGCGUCCACAUCACCUCCUCCACCUCCCCGGCGAACGCCCUGCUCCGUCCCUACCUCCUGCCCAGCCGAGACUUCUACAGCCUGGGCACGGGGAUGCCCGUGUGGGGGGUGCGCCCGGUGCACUGCGGCGGGGAGAUGCUGCGGGUGACGCUCUACAGCGGCUACGAUAACUUUGACGACGCGGUGCGGCUCUACGAGACGGUGCUGCAGAGGCAGGCGGAGGAGCAGAAGCCGGGGUUCUGUUGGUUCACGCUCUACACGGAGCCGGGGCUGUGUCUACAGCUGGCUCUCAAACAGCUCUCCCCAGGGGUCAGGGUGGAGGCCUGCAACUCAGCCGUGCUGCAGUUCAGGGUGGAGGAGAUGGGUCAGCUCGUGCCACUGCUGCCGAAUCCGUGCACGCCCAUCAGUGCCACGCGCUGGCAGACCGAAGACCUGGACGGGAACAAGAUACUCUUCCAGGUAUUUUAAUUGACAUGACACUAUUUCCUAUAUUGCACUAGGGUACUUUUAUUCAGACUCCUAUGUGGCUCUGUGGUCAGAGGUAGUGCAAGUAAUAUAUAUAGAGGAAAUGAGCUACCGUGUAUUUUAUGAUUUACCUUUUGUCUUACCUUCGCCACACUGUGUCUUCUCGCUCCAUUCUGUCCCUACAUUUAAACGAUGAGACGUGCCAAGCCCAGUUGUUUCUUGAGAUGGACAUAUGUUUGGGUUUAGAGUUGGGGUAAAUGUUUAGCUGCUAUGUGAAACCUCUGUGGUUUCUGCCCCCUGAGGAGCUAUUGGAAGCAAUCCUCUAUGGCUGUGAAAACACCAGAGGCGGCUGGUGGGAGGAGCUGAGGACAGGCUCAUUGUAAUGGCUGGAAUGGAAUCAAUGGAAUGGUAUCAAACAAAUGGAAACAAUGUGUUUGACUCCGUUCCAUUGAUUCCAUUCCAGCCAUUACAAUGAGCCCGUCCUCCUAUAGCUCCUCCCACCCAACUCCUCUGGAAAACACGUAGCUCUGGAUGAAGUUACUCUAUGAUUAUCUUUUGGCUACAGUAAGACUGCUGUUCUGCAUUCAGGCUGAUUGUCUUGUAAAACAUCAGGUUCAAGAGUGGGCCAGUAGUAGAAGAAUGUAAAUACAGUGUGCGUGUGCAGCACAGAGAUACAGUGAGCUCCAGCACUUUGGAUUUGAAAUGAUACAAUGACCACGAGGUUAAAGUGCAAACUGUCAGCUUUAAUUUGAGGGUAUUUUCAUCCAUAUCGGGUGAACCGUUUAGAAAUGACAGCACUUUUUGUACAUAGUGCCCACAUUUUAGGAGACCAAACGUAUUGGGACAAAUUCACUGAUGUGUAUUAAAGUAGUCAAAAGUGUAGUAUUUGGUCCCAUAUUCAUAUAUCAAGCUUGUGACUACAAAACGUGUCACUGUCCCAAUACAUUUGGAGCUCACGGUAGAUCACUGCACUGCUUUCCCCUACUCAGAUAUAAAUGCACAGAAAGAUGGCCUCCAGGCAUCCUCGGGUUUUAUACAGUAUCAAACACUCUCAUUUACCUUUCCUUCACGAGAUGUUGGCCAGUAAAUGGAAAACACUCCAAGCCAAAGCUGUGUUUAGGAAGGCAAAGCAUCAAAUGGUUAACAUUGAAACAUGCUUUCCCCAUUGCAACACUGUAUAAAUGCAUAGUAACUUUGAGAGGCAUUAAUCGUCCGAAUGGGCUGGAUACAAGCUAAGAUUUUGGUUGUCAAUCUUAAAGCUGCAAUAUGUAAUUUUAUGGCCGACCCGACCAAAUUCACAUAGAAAUAGGAGUUAUAGAUCUGUCAUUCCCAUUGAAAGCAAAUCUAAGAAGCAGUUCUAUGUGCUUCCCGUGCUUAAGUUUAGUUUUUGUGUCUUUUACUUUUGUUUUUGUUCACCAGCUGAAAAUACAAUAUUUUGGUUAUGGAAAUUAUAUUUAAUUGCUUGUUGUUUUGUCACAGAAACUGAAAUUAGGCGAACUAUUAGAAUUUUUGCAACCAGGAAAUGGCAGAAUGAUUUCUGCACAGUGCAUCUUUAAUUGGAACUUAGGUUUGUUGUUUUUCCUGUCUCUGUGGGCUCCAUGAUUGUUGAACCCUCCAUUCCUUUCACCUCAAGUCUUCCAGAGAAAGUUAAGACUGUCAGUCUCUGUCCCCCAGGUGAAAGCCCCAGAGCAGCCUCAGCGACCCCUGACCUGUGCCUUCCCUCUGACAUGCCCCAGCGUCUCGCCCAGAGGGCUACUGAGGAGCGUCGUGUCCGCCUCGCCCCCAGCAGCCCACGCCCUGCAGCCCUGCGGCCAGAUGACUCCAGUGACCCGGCCGGGGAACAGGGCGCGCACCGACCCAGGCCUGGAUAGGCCUGUCUUACCCGGGGGUCUGCGGUGUGGGGGAGGGGGGGAGAGCAUGGGCUCAGACAGCUGCUACAGCACCCCUCCAGGCAGCUCCUGCUACUCGUCGCAGCGCAGCAGCCCCGCCACGCUAUCCGUCAACCACCCCCACGACUCUUCCCCUCUCUCAUGCUCCGCCUCCCCGGCGCGGCCCUCCCUGUCCAUCUCCCACCUGCUGCUGGAGGAGGAGGAAGAGCCGGAGACCAAUGUGGACACGGGCGUCCCCGUGACGACGACCCCGUGCUCGGACACAGACUUCACCAUGGCGACCAGCUCGAGGGACACAGGCGUCUCGGUGAAACCGCGUUCCGAGAGACCAGCCGCUGUGGGGGCCUCUGCCCUGGAGAGCCUGGCGAGAGAGCUGAGUGCCUGUCUACCGGAUGCUCACACACCUCCACCCCACCACAGGACUUGGGUUGUGAGCAGCCCUACCAAAGCUGCCAGCCCCGGGUGCAAGGUAGGGUCACAAGCCUGGGACAGCAGUGUUAUCAGCUGGGCAUCGCCGGGUCAGAGCCACUCCAGAGGGCCUGUGGGGCCACGGACUCCUGCUAAGCCAGCAGCAAAGGCUCUGUUGUCACCCACACACAAUACAGACCCAAUAGAUGAGUUCUUCAUCUGA